AUGACAACACGAAAAAUUCAACACCCAGCUUUCACUAAGAACUUACUUGGACUUCAGAAUCCUAUUCCAAGUGUCCUCAGGAACCGAGGUCAUAUGGCUACUUCUGGUGAGAAUGGUCAGCUCAGGAACCGAGGUGAAAUCCCAGUCAUAUAUCGCAGGACCUCAUGCAAGUACCCUGGGAAGAACAUUGCCUUCCAUGUCAAUGAAGGUUCAACAGAUUACUGGCUAUCCCUUCCAGUGGAAUUUGAAGACGGCGAUGGUGAUGUUGGAUCCAUGCAUAUCAGAGAAGCGGGUGGCACUGAGUGGCUAGAGAUGAAUCACCUGUGCGGUACAAAUUGGAGCGUUAUCAGGGGACCCUUGAAAGGACCAUUAUCAGUGAAGUUAACAACACUAUCAACAGGAAGAGCACUGUCUGCAAGAGAUGUGAUUCCAGGAAAUUGGGUCCCAAAAGCUACUUACACCUCUAGGCUCAAUUUCUUCCAUUAAAAUGCAAAGCUUCAAGCUUUUCUUGGUGUGAAUCAACGUGAGAGAAAGAAGCCCAUUUUUCUGAAGUUCCUCUUGCUCAGUUGACGCAAAAGUAGCUGUUGACUGGCCUUUUUUUUAUAUAUAUGUAAGAGAGUAGCCGUUGGAUUGCACAAUUAAUGGCAUCCACCAGUGCUUAU